AUGUUCCAAUCACACCGAUUUCUGGUGUACAAGGAUGGAGCAGACGGGGCGGAACCCAAACCGAACCCAAACCCAAAUUUCCACUCGCUCCUUCUUCCAACACCAACACCACAACACAACACAAGCGAAGAAAUCACCAAAAUGCCCUGGCCACGCAUCCAAUUCCACGAACUCGGUGACCAAACCUGGCUCCCCUCCUGGCUGCACCACCACGAGCAAUUCUCCCUAACGCAACUCUGGAACCUGCGCGUUCCUUUCUGGAGCUGCGGCAGUCUCGCCACACAAGCAUGCGCCGUCCUCGAAUCGCACCUGACAAACCCGUCAGACUACACAAUCGUCGACAUCUGCGCGGGCGCGGGGGGUCCAACACCCUUCAUCGAGAAAACAUUAAACAGCAAAGCAGAGAAAGAGGGACGCGAUGCGGUGCGGUUUGUCUUGACGGAUAUGUUCCCGCCCGUGGAUCAGUGGGCGGCGAUUAGCAAGAAGCAGCCGAAUAUUUCGUUUGUGAGUGAGGCGGUUGAUGCGCGCGCGGUCAAGAGGCUGGAUGAGUCAGUGGUGCCGGGGAAGAAGGAGUGUCGGAUUUUUAACAUCUGUUUUCAUCACUUCGUGAAUGACGAUGCGAUGGGGAUUUUGAGAAGUGCGGUGGAAGAGGCGGAUGCGUUUGUGUAUGUUUCCUUUGGCUCUUGCGUUGAUGGCAAUGCUAAUGACGCAGAAUAUUCGAAAUCACCGCGCGAGAUAUACCGACAUGUCUGUACUCGCCGCUCGUGUUCUUCUGGGGAUUCUACGUGA